GCGGUCUUCUUACUCAUACCAAUAACUGCUACAACGUACUCCAAUGAGGAAGAGAGAGAAGGGGAGAGAUUCUUCUUCUUCCUCCUCCAGUACAAACGUACAGAAAGACCAAGAAAGACCACCAGCACAGCAGUGGCCCCGUCCCCACCCUAUAAAUAAUUAACUCACCUUCUUCUCCAACACCAACUGCAUUAGCACUACCAAAUUCCUCCUUCCUUUUCUCACUAUUUAUUUCCCGAGAAUGGGGAGGUACAUCGCACUCCCCUCCAUGGACUUCGACAGGAGAUCAUCGAAGCAGAGCAAGGCCGUCCCCAAGGGCUGCUUGGCCGUCAAGGUCGGCCUCGAAGAGGAAGGUCAGCGCCGCUUCGUCAUUCCCAUCACUUACCUCUCCGAUCCCCGGUUCCGGCGGCUCCUGGAGGAGGCGCAAGAGGUCUACGGCUUCCGCACCCCCGGCCCCCUGCGGAUCCCCUGCUCCGUCGACGACUUCCUCCACCUGAAAUGGCUCAUGGAGCGCGAGCACAGCCACUCUUGUUAGGUUCAUCAGGGAGAUGAUCGUCCUGCCCAAAGCAAUUGGCGGAUCCAAAGAAUGGUGGCCUUUGCUUUGGCUUUGUGAUAUAUUUGAGUUAGGACCCAAGACACAGUUUUUGAGUUGUGUCACCCCGCCACACCACCUCUGGACUAGAACUUCCGGGUCGGUGUUGAUCGAUUACAGAGUCUGCAACUUCUUAUGUCAUUUUUCCGGGUUGACAACAGCCAUUACCAACCAGCAGCACUGUAACUUCACCUGGAAUAAUCAAAAGCUUUAUAUUUUCCAUGGCCAAUGAGUUUGGAUGCCAUGAAUUUCUUUCAACUUAUUUGCCUUGUGCCGACUGCUGGUUUCCAUGUUCCUCUUUUAUAUGUGUUUCUAUAUCUCAACUGAUGUGGACUUCU